GACAUGACUAGUCAGUAGGAAACAGCGACUGCUGACGUUCGUGUUGUCCUUGCGGUGCGUCUCUUCAUCGUGUUACAUACGUGCCGACUUCAAUCGGAUUUAAUUUCAAUAGCUCCCUUGAAGCUAUAAAUGUUGUCGACAACCAAUCAGCAUCGCAGAAAAGAAGCUUCAUCCCAUAUCUUGGAUAAGAAUGGGACUCCCAAUUGGUAUCAUAGUAGGAUAACCUAUUUUGGGAUUCUAAUCGGAAUUUUUGGUAUUCUAAUCGGAAUCUAUGCUGUAUAUGGGAAUAUCUGGGAAGAUUUCUAUGCGGUUUCAGCGGCAAUGAGUGGGAACGCGGAUUACAAAUCGGCCACGUCGAUUUACGACUUUACGGCCAACUCCAUCAGGGGAGAGGAGGUUCCUUUGUCUAAGUACGAGGGCCACGUAUGCCUUAUCGUCAACGUCGCUUCGAAGUGUGGUCUUACAGCGACGAAUUACAAGGAACUGAACGAACUGUACGACGAGUAUGCCGAAUCUAAAGGACUGCGAAUUUUGGCGUUCCCCUGUAACCAGUUCAACGGGCAAGAGCCAGGAAACAGCGAAGAGAUUUGCAGUUUCGCUGAACGCCAGAAAGUGAAAUUUGACCUGUUCGAGAAGAUAGACGUGAACGGAGAUAAAACGCAUCCGCUUUGGUCGUAUUUGAAGAAGGAACAAGGCGGUUUACUGGGUAACUUCAUUAAAUGGAACUUCACCAAGUUUAUUGUGAACAAAGAAGGCAAGGUCGUCGAACGACACGGUCCUAACGUGGACCCGCACAAGCUGAAGAGCUCUCUUGAGAAAUACUUUUAAGCCAUCUCUUCUUUGGGUCAUUUUCGUUUUUUACGGUUAAUAGUUUCCCGCAAAGUUUUCACGAAAUAAGUUGACGAUGUCGUAGAAUAGUUGCUCGAUAUAUUAAAAACACGAACAAAAUUUCGUUUAUACGUUAUUUUAUAUAUGUAUGGGUAUGUUGGGAUAUUUCGAAGACCUUAUUUUUGAUGAGACAACGUGUAAUAAAAUUAUACGUCGCUUAAACAACAUGAAAUCAAUGUUGAACGUUAGCGUAUAGUUUCGACCCGUCUCGCUUCAAUAAGAUCUCCAUCGGAAAAUAUCUAUAUAUUUACAUGUAAAUAUAAAUAUCUACAAUGGAGCAAAUUCUAGCAGCUUCACGUAAGCAAUUGCAAUUACGUUUAUCAAGAUGUCCAGCAUUCCCUUCUAUCUUACAUCUUGUAAUAAUUAGUGCCGAUAAUUAUAACAAUCCGUACUUGCGCAACUACGAUUUAUCUAUUUUUUGCUACGUGCACGUAGUAUAUACGUCAUGUUUACGUAAAGGCGCUAAUAUACACAAUUACACUUGAGCCAGAAAUAUCUCACACAACACACAGGGUCUAUCUAGCACGCGAUAGGAUGUAGAAGGAAAAAAUAAAAAAAUAUUUAUCGGAAGUA